CCCUCGCUUCAUUCAACAAAAACUUUCAUUUUGGUGUGUUUCGGUCUUUCUCUUUCCUUCGACUCCCUGGAGGAGAAACUCUCAUCAAAGCUUUACCCUUUCUCUCUCUGCUUUGUUUUUUUAAUCUCUUUUGGAUAUUUGGGAGAAUACAAUUUGCCAAACCAAUCUCCAAUAACCAAAUCGAAGAAAGCUCGUUUCCUUUUUCUGUUGUUUGUGGAGAGAAUAACGACGUAAAGGAAAUGGCUCUCAAGUUGAAUCCAAUGAUCUUGCCUUCAGCUCGCAAGCUACCUUGCCAUUCCAAUACUUUUAGAUCUCCCAGGGUCUCCAUGGCAUCCACUCUCCAUUCCACUCCUAAAGAGGUCAACAAUCUAAAGAAGCCAUACUGCCCUCCACGAGAGGUACAUGUUCAAGUUACACAUUCCAUGCCACCAGAAAAGAUAGAGUUGUUCAAGGCCUUGAAUGAUUGGGCUGAGAAGAACAUUUUAGUGCUCCUGAAGCCGGUUGAGAGUAGUUGGCAACCAAGUGACUUUUUGCCACUACCUGAAUCAGAAGGAUUCUAUGAUCAAGUCAAGGAAUUGAGGGAAAGGUCCAAAGAGCUUCCUGAUGAUUAUUUUGUUGUGUUGGUUGGAGAUAUGAUCACAGAAGAAGCUCUUCCAACUUACCAGACAAUGCUAAAUACUCUGGAUGGCGUUAGAGAUGAAACUGGUGCUAGCCUUACUCCUUGGGCUAUCUGGACCAGGGCCUGGACUGCUGAGGAAAAUAGGCAUGGUGAUCUUCUCAACAGGUAUCUGUACCUCUCUGGACGAGUGGACAUGAGGCAGAUUGAGAAGACAAUUCAGUAUCUGAUAGGAUCAGGAAUGGAUCCUAAAACAGAAAACAACCCCUACCUGGGUUUUAUCUAUACCUCAUUUCAAGAGAGAGCAACAUUCAUUUCCCAUGGAAACACAGCAAGGUUAGCUAAGGAACAUGGGGACUUGAAACUGGCUCAGAUAUGUGGUAUAAUUGCUUCAGAUGAGAAACGUCAUGAAACUGCCUAUACUAAAAUUGUGGAGAAGCUCUUUGAGAUUGAUCCUGAUGGCACUGUAUUGGCCUUAGCUGACAUGAUGAAGAAAAAAAUCUCAAUGCCAGCCCACCUAAUGUUUGAUGGCCAGGAUGAUAACCUAUUCGAGCACUACUCAGCUGUUGCUCAGCGGAUUGGAGUCUAUACUGCUAAGGAUUAUGCUGAUAUAUUGGAAUUUCUUGUGGGAAGAUGGAAUGUAGAGAAGCUGACAGGUCUUACUGCUGAGGGAUGUAGGGCGCAAGAGUUUGUGUGUGGACUACCUGCAAGGAUUCGAAGGUUGGAGGAGAGAGCUCAGGCUAGGGCUAAGCAAACAUCCACUGUUCCUUUCAGUUGGAUUUUUGAGAGGAAAUUGAUUGUUUAAUUGUAUUGCCUCUAGACUGCUACGUACUACUGCUGGCAAGACUGUUCUGUGCUAUCAUCAUUUCAGUGGAACCUUGUGCGUGAGGAGAUGUGUAGUUGGUUGCAGUAGGUCAACAGAAAGAGGACAAGUGUAGUUUGAGUGUGUUAGGUCAUUUUGCCCCUUCUACUGGGUAACUAGACACGGUUGUUAUUUUGCUCUAAAACGUGCUCGGUAAGCGUUUUCUGUUUUGUCAAAAUAGAAUGUUGAUGUAAGCUAAACAUACAUUCUCUCCCCAUGAAUGUCAGUGAGUGGGGUUUUUUUUUUUUUUUUUUUAAACAAAUUCAAAUAAUGAAUGUUGGUAACUUCAGGGUUGUAAAAAAAGUGAAAUGGUUUUAAGAUUGAG